CACAGCAAAAGCCAUUGCCAAAGCUUGGAAACCCUAUCAAUAUCAUCUCAAUCCAGCAAUGGCGAAGGGCUUCCGCGGCGUCAAGGAGGACCUCUCCGAGCUUGGACGUCACCUUCUCGACAUCGCCUGCUUCCUUGGCCCGCUCACCGCCGUACCUUACCACAAGAACUCCCCGCCGCCCUCUCGCGCCGCCGUUUUCGAUGAUCUCUCUGAGGUGGAUGGGCGAUUCGAUUCCAGCCCUGGAAGGGACGUCGCCGGUGUUGUUUUGGUGUCGGAGGAUGUGCGGAACUUCGUUGAGGAUCUUGUUAAGCUGCCGGAGUCUUGGUUGGAGUUCCCUGUUCCUCUUGAUGAUUGCUUUGCAGAUUUUGAUAUGUCCGGCCCACAAAGAGAACAUAUAAUCGUUGUUGAACAGUUGGUUCCAAGUUUGGCUGAUCUAAAGGUUACUCUUUGUCCAAGCCAUAUGUCUGUGGAGCACUUCUGGAAAGUGUACUUUGCAUUAUUGCAUCCAAGGCUGAAUAAGUAUGAGGCAGAGGUUUUGUCAACCCAGAAGAUUGUGGAAGCGGCAAAGGCUACCCUGAAGAAGAUGGAAGAAAGAGUGGAUCAUCCAUUGAAAAAUCCUGGGACAGUUGGCAGUGACGAGAUAAGCAUAGUUGAAGAUGACACUCAAGAGAAGCAUUGUCGGACAACCAGUGAAAUAUCAACUCAGCAGUACAUCGAGCGGCAGUGGGAAAACCGUAGUGAAUCAGAUGCUGCAUCAUGUGACACCAGAAAACAGUUUCAGAGUGAAGAUGAUGUUUCAUUCAGUGGCACAGAAGAGGAAGAUCAUGUGAUUGUGUCAAAACAUUUAUCUUCAUUAACGGCAGGGCAAGCUUCUAGCUCCUCGGCAAAUUGGGUGCAGUUGAGGAAAAGGUCCUAUGCUUCUAGAGACCGUCCGAUGACCGCCCAUCACACAUCCGAAGAGAGGAAGAAGGUGAACGUCGAGUCAAGCGAAUGGCAAAGCGCAGAAGAGUCCGACUUCGAAAUGGUGGAAAGAUCAACUUAGGGUUCUCAUUUGAAGAUAUUGUUCAUCCUUGUGUUAUUAUCUUAUUAUAUUUUUCUAUGUUCAACACUGUAAAUGAAGUAUCCAGGACCUCCUGUUCAGUGAAUUAGAAGCUAAUAUAAUCAACUGCAUAAUGUAUCACGAAUUUUCUGAUCUCUGUCAUAAAUAUAUAGAUAAAUGCAAGCCUUUGUUUUUCA